UAAAUAAUAAUAAUAAUAACAAUAUACAACAUAUUAAUAUAAUACUUUAUAUUGUCGUAAUAUUAUUGGGGCGCGUACUUUCACAGCGAGUUUCCCGGCAUUCCCGGUGAUAACUUUACUGUAGUCUGUAAUACUUUACUUGUUGUAUCUUUGGAUGGUUCAAUUAAAGCAGUAAUCCAGUAAGACCACCGACUACUACUACUACUAUUAUACUAUUAUACUACAACUUAAUACUAACAAAAAUAUUUAUAAUAAUAACACAUGUUCGAUGUCUAUACUCAAUAGCAGAAAAUACUAAAAAUCGUUCGAUGUAAGUACCUACUACUACCUAAUUUCUAUUCAUUUUUUUUCUCCCGCGAUUUCCCAUUAGCAGUUUUCGUUUCGCACUCCGCCGGUCCAUACAUCUUGCAAUUCGCUGAAAUCCAAUUAAAAAUAGUUAAGUCCAAUUAAACUUUGUCAUUGUGCUCGUGUGCGAAUGCGUGAUAUAGACUACAGAGUGACAGAGUGUUUGCAUUUACCUACUUUGCUACCACUGACUAUACUCAACUCAUUCAACUAAACCAAAGUGUGAUUGUGUGUGACGUGACUUCGUAAGUAGUCGUGCGGACGGCGUACGAACGACAAAUAUUUAAGUCGUGUUUCUCCUGUUGAACAAAUCAGAAAAAUGGAUGACUUGGAUUCAGUAAUACUCAACUUAAAGGCUUGUCUAAUAUCUACCAAAGGUGGAAUACAAUUAAGUCAAAUAGAAAAUGAAUAUUUUAAAGUAACUGGCGAACGAAUUCCAUUCAGGCAAUUGGGAUUUUCAUCAUUAGAAACCCUAUUGCAAUCCUCUGGAAAGUUUAUAAUUAAAAACAAUGGUGGAGGUGCAAUUGUGCAAGCGUUAGCUACUAGUAAAACACAACAUUUGACGGAGCUUAUCAAAAAACAGAAAUCAAAACCACCAAAAAAGAAACCAUUUACAGGUUUUAAAAAUGCUCCUAGAAAAAUUGUUUCUUCAAACACGUAUAACGGGUAUGCCAGACCUAAUAAUUAUUCUAGACAAGGAAAUAAUGGCUCAAAUUAUGGACCUCCAAGAAACAACUAUCAAGGUACUUCUGUUCCUAAUUACACCAAUAACAGUCAAAAUAAAACACAGUCAUCAUAUAGUGAUAACAGACCUAUUAGAUUCAAUAACUAUGAGCCAAAAACAUUUGAUCAGAAUAAUUACAAAAAGCCUCAUUAUCCCAUGGAUAACUAUAGUAAUAAUACCAGGAACUAUAAUGGAAACGUUCAAUUAAAAUCUGAUGUAUGUUUACCUGAAACUAAAACUUUAAAUAAUCUAUCCAACGAUAAUAGAAAAGAUGAGGUAAAAUCAAAAUCAGUUCUAAUUCCAAAUGAAACAAAUUCAUUGAAUGAAAACACCAAAUCUUAUAAUAAAUUAGAACAAAUUCCACUUACUAGCAGUUGCAGUAGCUUAGAAUCAACAUAUAGUUCUAGUUCUGCUAGUUAUAAACCUAAGCAUACAUCACUGGACAAAUUUCGAAUUGGAGAUACAGACAAUAUAAAUAACAAAGAUACAAUUACUACAAAAAAUCACAUGAACAUGCAGGAGAAUAAUGGUGAAUUUAAGAAAUCAUCACACCAACAUAAACCUAUUCAGAAGUUGCCAUCAAUACAAAACAUGCCUAUUAAAAUAUCUACUGCGCAAAGUAGACUUGAAAAAUAUCCUAAAAAAUGUGAACAACAAAUUACGGUUGAUGUAGAGAGUAAAUCGAAUUCAGAAAGACCUUGUGCUGCAGCUACAGAUUUGAGAAAUGAAGUUGAAGACCCUAUUCAUGAGGUGUUUGAAGAAGAUAAGGACUAUAUAAAUGAACUGGAAACAUAUUUAAAAAAUUUAAACUUAUCAGAACCGUAUUAUGAGUAUAUGGUCAAAAAAGAAAAGUCUGGGAAAAUUCUUAAACUAACGCACAUUUGUACAAUUAAGGUAAAUGAAAAAAGUGUCGGUAGUUCUUUCCCAGUUGAUUGUACUACAAAUGAUUAUGCACAAAAAGUUGCUGCUAAACACGCUCUUACUAUUUUAAAAAAGCAAUAUGGAGAAAGUGUUAUUUAUCCAAUUACUAAUGAUAUUAAUACAAUGGCAUCUUGCGUUAAAAAGCUUCUAAAACAAGGACAUGAGACUACUGGUAUUAUGGGUCAUGUCUUAGAACGUAUUUAUAAAGAGGAAUUUCAUGAAAACUUGCCUGAUAAUUGGGAUCAGCUUCUAGGAGUUUUUAAUUACUUCACAUUUGAUAAGCUAGCAGCUAAUAAAGUCGUUAUAUAUCUUAAUGAAACUGAAAAUAAUCAACAAAAUGGUCAUGAAUAUACAAAUAAAGAUUUUGCAGAAGAACAAAACUUUGUUCCAGGUACUCCAUUAUUAUUUGAAGACUACUCUGAAAAAUCUGUUCUCGUUUCUGCUAACUAUGGUUCAACUAAUGUUUGGAUUCGUUUGGUUGGCCAGAGUGCAGAUGAAAAUUUUAUUCAAAUGCAAGCAAAAUUCAAUGACACUAUGAAUACAGCAGGCUUAAGUAUCCCAGAUCAAGUGAUUGAAGGCGAAUUUUAUGCCGUGCUAUACAAUUCAUCUUGGCAUAGAGUUCAAAUAUCUUAUGUUAAUAAUGAUGAUGGUACAGCUACAUGUUUUAUGAUAGACACAGGCGAGCAAUUGAACAUUGCCAAAGACCAGAUUUGUUACCUAGAACCAAUUUUUAUGAAACCGAAAACUCAGGCAAUUGAAUGUAUUUUAACUCAACUGGAUAAUUUUGGCACAUUUGAUGGCUUAAAAGAACUAUUGGAUGAAAUGAUUUUGAAUAAAACAUUCUUCGUUGUACCAGAUUCAUUAGAAGAAGGAUGUGCAAGAGUCACUUUAUAUGAAAAAGGAAGAGUUAAUGUAAAUGACAUGAUCAUUCAAAGAUUUUUAGAAAGAACUACCACUAAGCUUCCAUUAUUUGAGGAUCAAGCUAUUGUGGAUGGAAAUGUAUCAUCAAUAGUUGAGUCUGGCCAUUUAUAUUUACAAUUAAACAUUGAUAUUGUUACAUCACUUGAAGAAAUCUUGCCAAAUGAUGAAUUUUUAGACCCGGAAUUUUUUUUUAAGAGCAAGGAAGAUAUUAUGAAAGACAAAGUGUACAUAACAAAAUAUGAAGCUGAUAAUAUAUGGAGCCGUGUUCAAGUUCUUGAUACAAUUAAUGACUCUGAAGCCAAGAUAAUUUAUAUAGACUAUGGCAAUAUUGCUCAAUGUGAAAUAACUAAAUUAGCUAAUUUAGAAUUGUAUGAUCCACUGUUGGCCAAGAUUGCUCCUCAGGCUAUAAAAGUAUCAAUGAACUUUUUACCUCCUAAUACUAUGACUCCAGAUAUUGCCAAUAAGAUAUUUACGAUUAUUGGGAAUGGUACAGUUUUAGUAAAUACAGUUAAUGCACCUAAUGACGAUGUGCCAUGUGUUCAACUUUACAAAACCGAACCAGAUUCACCUCAUAUUCCAUACUGCAUUAACAUACCGUUAUAUCAAAGCUUAAAGAAACAGUGAAUUGCCACUCCUUAAAGGACAUUUGAUUAAUUGUUAUUAUUAAAAUCUAUAACUAUUAGUUUGAUCUGAUGUUGUUACAUUAGUUUUAUACAAGUGUUAUUUUGAGAAAAUACUCAUAAUUUUUUUUAUUAUUAUUAUUAUUUAAAUUGUUCAAUCAUAAUCAUACAUGUUAAGCGACAGUUCCAGAAUCUAAAACAAAAUAUUAUAUUUGUUUAAUUUGUAUGUACACUUGAUUAUUUUUUAUCAAUGGAAUGUGUACUAGCUUUCAAUUGUUAAACCAUAUAAAAAUACUUUGUAUUAAGUGAAAAACAAUAUUAUAACUUUGAAUUUAAUUUUUA